AUGAAAGUAGCUUGUGUUGGUCCAAGCUUUUCAAGGGAUGCGGUGGAAGUUUCUAUAUCCCCAAGGAAGAACAACAGGGGCAGGCGAUUCGGUUUUGCGCGAUUCGCAGGCGUUCAGGACGGGAGGCUCUUUGCGGUCAGGCUCGAUAAUAUUCAGAUUGCUGGGGGAAAAAUUCAUGCGAAUCUUCCGCGUUUCAUCAGGGGCAAGGUGGGAGGAGUCACUGGGAGUUUUGGGGUGGUGGCUCGGAAUAGUGGAGUCCGAGGAGGGGUUUUAAAAGGAGGCAAUGAAGUGGGGGAAGGGAGCGGCAGAGUUGGGUGGAAUGCUAGCAGGGGAUCCAGAUCGUUCGCGACGGUGGUCAAGGGAGGUUUGGCCGUUGACGUUGAUGUCGCGGAGACGAACCCAACUUUAUGCUUCAAUUCCAAAACCGUUGUCAAAGAGAGGCUUAGGAAAGCGUAUGUCGGCAGAGUUCUUAUUCCAGGUUCGGCCUUCAACAUUCAAACUUAUAUAGAGAUGGAGGGUGUUUUUGCUGUUCGUGUCACACCGAUGGGAGGCGGCACUUGUUUGUUGGAGGACAGGGAACCGGGCUUCAUUGAUGCUUUGAUUGCGGAGGGCGAGACUUGGUGGCAGUCUUGGUUCUCCGAGAUUAAGAAGUGGGAGGAAAAUAUGGUGGAUGGGAGUAGAGAGGUAUGGCUUAGAAUCUAUGGCAUCCCUGUUCAUGGGUGGAACCCGGAGUUUUUCAUCGCUCUAGCGGAGGUGUGGAGGAUUUUCAUUUGUGUGGAUGAAAGGACUUCUAAAGGAGAGGCUUAUGAUGUGGCUAGAAUCAGAGUGAAGAUUAAGUUGAGUUCCAAAAUACCAGAAUCUGUUACAGUCAACAUCGAUAACAAAUCCUUCAUUCUUCUGGUGAGAGAGGAUGUCGUGGUCGUGCAUUCUAAUAAUAACGAGAAGCCGCAAAUCAAUGAACAUGAGUCUUCUUCCACUUCUUCCGAUGGAAAUUGGCAGGAUGAUAAUGGUGGCGAUGACAUACUAUUCGAAACUGGGGAUUCCUCUGAUCCAAUUCGGCAGUUUUCCGAACCUGAGGAUUUGGAUAAGGCGCUAUUUCCGGAACAGCUUGAUAAGGCCUCUCGUGUGGCAGCUUCAGGCGGAGUUGCAGAUGAGGGAUUUUCGCAGAAAGUCAGUUCUGCUCCGAUUCUGGCGGAGGUAAUAAUGGGUAGUCAUCCGGCCGGUAAUUUUACGGGAGAGGGUAGCUUUGACGAGGCCAUUUCUCAGUUCCGUGCUGAAUCUUCCGUGCAGGUUGUUGCGCAGACAGAUGCUGGGAGGGAGGAAACAGAGGGGCUGGUUGCUUCUUUGGCUGCGGUGAAUUGUUCUCCCGCGGUGGCUGUUUCUGUUUCGAACAAAAAGCUGCGUUCUAAGAAGGUUAAAAUGAGAUCUGUGAAUAGGGUAAGCAGUGCUGGAAAGGGCGGAGGUAACACGCUAUGUUGUGGGGGAGGUAGGAAGGCCGAAAAGAAAGAAAACAGUAGUGGGAAGGGAUUAAAAACAGGUUCUUUUUUGGUGAAUUACAAAUCUGGUUUGGGGAGUUUGGAAGGGUCUCAGUGCUCUGUUUUUUAUGGGGAACACAUGGAGGAAUCCGACAUUGUCAGAAGUAACGGGCGGCAAUGGAAAUUCUUGAAAAACGACUUUGACGGGAACAUGUGGGAUGCUAUUGCGGCGUUGGGUGUGGUAGACGUGGAGGGACGUGGAAAAAAAUUAUGUUUGAAGAAUGUCAAUAUAGAAGACGAGAACGGGGAAGGACGGAAGGAGUUUUCUAAAAGAACCUCAUGA